AUGGCUUCUACACAUGUGAAGAGAUACAAGAGAGAGCUUCUGCAACAGCCAGACUAUUAUCCUACAGGAAAGAGGACUGGGAAUUUCAGCACUACAAGAGCUGUAUACCUCUCCACAUCUGCAUUUCACCUUAGCUCCAAACCACAGAAUCACAGACUGAAACUGUUCCUGGUUAGUUCCCCUCUGCCCUAUCCCAGAGGGAGUGAGGAACCUCUGUUGGGUAAAGGAGAGCUAAAGGAUUGGAACUGUAAGACACUGGCAACUGUGGAACCUAAUAUUAGGGUGCCAUUUGCAGCACCCAUUUUCAAUGCAGCAGUGAUCUCGAUGGCAUCAACAUCUGCCUUAUCUCAGCAUCCCAGCAGCAAAUCAAGCCCCUUGCAAAAUGAAGAACGAAAAUGGAUGAUGCAGGACACAGAGCAGAGAGAUGCUGAUCCUGAGCAGGAAGAAAUAUCACCUUACUCCCUGCUCACUGUAAAAAUCAUAAAGAUGACAAAUGCUCAUCAGGCAGACUUCUUAAGCCAAUCUGAUUGCUACGUGAGUCUCUGGUUGCCAACUGCUUCAGAUGAGAAAUUCCGAACAAAAACCAUCAAGAACUGCAGAGACCCUGUGUGGAAUGAAACUUUCUACUUCCGGAUACAGAGAAAAGUCAAGAAUAUUCUAGAAAUGACUGUUUCUGAUGAUGACAUCAUUCGUGAUGAUGACCAUGCUAUUAUUCUUUUUGAUGUAGCUAAAAUCUCUCUUGGGAAAAGAGUGACAAUGGCAUUCCCACUGAAUCCACAGGGGAGAGAGGAGCUGGAAGUUGAGUUUCUAUUGGAGAGCAUCCAGGAUCACCCUGAAGCCAUCGUCACAAAUGGGGCAGUGGUGUGCCGUGAACUAGCCUGCUUGGAAGUUGAGUUUGACAGCAGGGUGAAAAAGAAGCACUUUGCAGAGAAUGAACUAAUGUUUACAGUGAGAGGAUCAUUUGAAGAAACGCAGAGAGUUUCACUGGGCUCUGGCUCCCGUUCCCCUCUCCCAGAUCCCACUCUCUUCCACUAUGCCAAAUACAAGCAACCUUCACUGGAUGUUGUACUCACAAAGAAGAGGAAGCUUCCCAGCUUUUGUGCUUGUGUGACAUGCAGAGAAAGGAGGAGCAGAAGCAUUCCCCUGACUUUACCUCUGAAGUCUCUCCCUUCUGAGCAGGAAGCAGUCAGCAAGCACAGAAAAUUUGAUUUGCUCUUAAAGGCGAAAAAAUGCCAGGAAGACCUAGAUGUACGCCUGGGCUUUGACUUGUGUGCACAGGAACAGGAUUUCAUUUGCAAAAGGAAGAAGGUUGUUGCAGCUGCUCUGAAGGACAUUCUUCAGUUGGAGGAAGACUUGGAGGACGAUGAGGUACCUGUGGUGGCAAUCAUGACAACGGGUGGUGGAACCAGAGCUCUGACAGCCAUGUACGCUCAUCUUCUGAGUGUGCAGGAACUGAAUGUCUUGGACUGUGUCUCAUAUGUCACCGGUCUAUCUGGCACAACGUGGACCAUGGCAAACUUGUAUGAAGAUCCUGACUGGUCGCAGAAGAAUCUUAAGAAAACACUUGAUGAUGUCCGAAGGCACGUGCUUAAAAAUAAGUUCUUGGCUUGUUUUGCCCCUGACCGUCUGAAAUACUACUUGAAAGAGUUAUGCCAAAGGAAACAGGAAGGACAUCAGAUAAGUUUCACAGAUCUGUGGGGACUCAUCAUUGAAUCUAUGUUCCGUGACAAGGAGGACUCCCAGAAGCUCACAGAUCAGCAGCAGGCACUAAACCGUGGUCAGAAUCCCCUUCCCAUCUACCUCUCUCUCAAUGUGAAGGAUAAAAUCAGUGACCAGGAUUUUAGAGAAUGGGUGGAAUUCACUCCUUAUGAGGUAGGAUUCCUGAAAUAUGGCGCCUACAUUCGUGCAGAAAAUUUUGGUAGUGAGUUCUUCAUGGGUCAUCUGAUGAAGAAAAUCCCAGAAUCCAGAAUCUGCUUUUUGGAAGGGAUCUGGAGCAGUGUAUUUUCCCUGAAUCUUUUGGAUGCUUGGUACAUUUCUGUUCAUUCAGAAGACUUCUGGCACAAGUGGACCCGAGACAAAAUUACUGACAUAGAUGAUGAAACCCUGUUCCCUAAAAGACCAAAUGAGCUGGAAACUCGAGUGGUUUGUCCCACCGACAGCUUUUCAGACAUUUUCCGAGAUGUCGUCACAUUACGUCCAGCAGCUUCAGAAAUCCCUAACUUCCUAAAAGGCCUCCAGAUGAACAACAACUACAUGGAGAGCGGGUUUUCUAAAUGGAAAGACUGUGAGCUUGACUCUCAGCCCAACCACUUGACAGGAGCAGCAGACUACCUCAUCUUGAUUGAUACUGCAUUUGUCUUUGCUACCAGUUACCCACCACUCAUGAGACCAGAAAGGAAAGUGGAUGUCAUUUUGCAUUUCAACUACAGUUCAGGCUCCCAGACAGGGCCUCUGAAAGAAGCCUCUAAGUACUUUGCAAAACAAGGAAUUCCUUUCCCUAAGGAGGUGCCAGAUGAUCAGGAAACUCCGCAUCUGAAGGAAUGCUACAUUGUUGGUGAAAAGGAGAGCCCAGAAACCCCUAUUGUGAUAUUCUUCCCUCUUGUAAAUGACACCUUCAGGGAAUACAAAGCACCUGGGGUGAGACGUAGUCCCUCAGAGAUGGCAGAGGGUGAUGUUGAUGUGGCCAAUAGCUGUGGUCCAUACUACAUAAACAACCUGAGUUAUUCAGAGGAAGAUUUUGACAAACUGGUGAACUUAAGCUACUACAACGUCCAGAAUAAUAAAGACUUGAUUCUUCAGGCCUUGCGUGCAGCGGUGGAGCGGAAAAAGCAGCAAAAGAAACAGCAACCACUGCAAAAACCACCACCCCCUGGUGGUGAUGGCAUGGGUGUGCCCAACAGAGUGGCGUCCCAGCAUCUGCCCAACUGCUCAGCAGUAGAGAAAAUGAAAUAAAGCAUCCACAAGCACUGCUAGUGGAAAAAGAAAAGAAGAAAGGAACUUGCCUAUGUAGCGAAAAGCCGAAGAAUGCUAAAAAGACUUUGUUUGUCAUCGGAAGUACUGCAGACUGUCUGUCAGUGAAGGGCAUAAACACGAAAAGCCGAGCUCUUCCUUAAUGAAUUAAUGUGCUUCCCUUGCUGACAAGCCCCAGAGCAGGGCUAGGUGCAAUGCGCUGUGCUCCUGCUUGCAGGAGUAACCCUUCAGGGCAAGGCUGCAUUCUGCAGACAAGAGGGCACAAGGAAGCUGGCACUGGCUGCUGGUUUUCUCCUGUGCUAUAAAAAGAGAGGAGCAUAAGUCCAGAAACGCAACAGAGAACAAAAUCAAUUGUUUCUAAAUCAAAACCUGUUUGUGAGCUAAGGAGUCUUCAUGUGAAUGUAAAUAAAUAUUAAACUUUUAGAAGAAAGCACUUUUUUUCAAGU